AUCUGUAUCUUACUGGAAACAUGUAUGGAGAUGGCAUAUUCAGAUACCGCGAUGGCAUCUGCGUCGCCCAAAUCAUCACCUUCUCCAUCUCCUUCAUCCUCGCCGUUUCAUUCUACUAUACACAACGAAUCGGUUGGUUCUGUAUCGGAGUCUUCUCACUCAUCCGCCUGGUCAGUGCAAGCUGCUACCUAGCAAUCAUGAACAACGAUUCAGACAGUCUUUGGGCUACUGUGUUUGUUUGCGAGUCGCUAGGUAUCAUGCUCAUCAUGUUUUUAUUUCUGGAGUUUCUACAUCGAGUUCGCUACUUUUAUGCUCCAAAGCUGCUUACUUGGAUUGAUAUUGUUAUCUCUAUUGUUGGGUAUAUUGUCGUCAAGAAUAAAGAUGACAACCAACUGGACCCUACGCCAUAUGAUCAAGCCAGCAGAGCGAUUGUUGCUGUCAUUUAUGUCUAUACUCUCUGGCUACUAUGGAUCUUCUGGCGUUUCAAGGAUGUCUCGACAUAUGCAAUUCCUGAACGAAGAGCUAUUCGUUGUGUCGCAUAUUGCAUUCCUUUGAUGGUUGUUAGACUGGUAUAUUCGCUUAUUUUUGAAGCUACUGGAGACAGGAUUUUCAAUUCUAGCAAAGGAGAUCCGACGGCUUAUCUUACCAUGGCUUAUCUGCCUGAGCUUGGAAUUAUUGCCAUUUGCACUGCAACUGUAUUGGGCAUACCUCCGAUGGAGAAGGGUAAAGAGGAAAUGGAAGCAAGGUCAGAGCUUGAGGAAAGCAAUGAUGGAGAGAUUGAUGAAACGGGCAGUCACCACAACUUUGUCAAAGUCCACAAUGCAAGU